AUGUCGGCUCUGGGGCUUUCGUUCGCCAAGCAGCUUCGCGCGUCAAGGACUCUGGGUCCUAUGGCCAAGAAGCUGGGCCAAAAGUACGCCCAGCUCGCCGGAUGGAGACAACAUGGACUUCGGUACGACGAUAUCCUCAUAGAGGAGUCUGCCGCCGUCCAGAAGGCCCUCGGCCGUCUCUCGGAGCGCGAGGCGUACGACCGCGCCUACCGCCUCCGUGUCGCGAGCAUGUGCGCGAUCGCCCACCAAGAGCUCCCCAAGGCGGAGCAGGUCAAGCCUGAGGAGGACGUCCGCUACCUCAAGCCUCUCGUCGAGGAAGUCGAGGCCGAGGAGGCCGAGCGCUCUGCGUUCGACCACGCUACCCGGGCAUGA